CGUGGUCCGACAGAUAUAACGUAAAAUGGCUUCCAGGCCUUCGGCGAUGGUCCUCUUGUCUUCCUGUUCAGCCAUCAUCACCACCAGUCUUUCUUUUCUUUUUUUUUACCUUUGUUUUGAAUCACCUUUUUUUCUCUCUCUUCAAAAAAUAGAACCAUAUAUUUCUAGACUACAGUAAUAUCACUCAUUGUCACUACCUGCAGACUUUGCUUUCCCCAUCAACUCCCGCCUUGUCAUCCACGCUUGCCAAACAAACGGUUACGCAAAAUGUAUUUGCCUCCAGUUCUUCUGCGGCUACUUGGGACAGCUAGCUUGUGCAGUGCUGCCGCCGUCAAGGCUUUCGCACCAAGGCAUCUCCCGAACUUUUCUCCAAUCCCACCUGGAAACCUCACCGAGGAGCAGUCAGUGGAGAUUGCCGCAGUGGCCCUGUCAAGCGAUGGUCUCCAAUGGGCAGAGGAGAUCACCAUGUCGGAUACUGCCUUCCGCUGGUUUGUACACGACCCUUCUGUUAGGCUCGAGGGCAAGGAACCGACCAAAGGCCCUGCGGUGGAGGAGAAGAACCAAAAGGACAGCAGCCUGAAGGGCCGUCAGAAUGGCGUCGUCAAGUACAUAUCUGGAAUGGAUGACAGGGUAGAAGAGAAGCGCCUGGCAUAUCCUUUCUCUGCCAUGGGCCAGAUCAACAUCCUGAACCACGAUGGCAGGCGUUCCAGGUGCAGUGGCGCGCUGGUAGGCCCCCGCCUGGUAGCCACGGCACGGCACUGCCUCAACGAUGACGGCAAGGGCGCCUACACCUUUCACCCGGCCUUUCACACAGUCGAUAGGCUCCCCAACGCGACCGUGACGCAUGUCAUCUCUAUUGCGCAUCCGAACCGGAAGUCAUUGACAAACUGCGACUAUGUGGACGACUGGGCAAUCAUGGUACUUGACGAGGACCUGAGCGAAAUAAGCGGCUACAUUGGAGCGCGCGAGUUUGAUGACGACGUGCUCAACCACGAGAGCCUGCACAACUACGGCUACCCGGGAGACCUUCAGUCUGGCGUGCCCUAUUCGCAGUGGGGGUUCGCAGCACAGCUGGAUCAUGAGAACGACCUGGCUUGCUCAAAAAACAGACAGACCCCCAUGAGCCACCAGGCAGACACGGCUAGCGGCCAGUCGGGUGGGCCAAUCUUCACGGCUGGCGAGCAUGAAGAUGGCGUCUACCUUAUGGGAAUCAACGUAGCGGUUGACCCCAACCGUGGCCGUCGCGCCCUGGCAUCACACGGGGCGGCGUUGAUGGGCUCCAUCGUGUACGCAAGAAGGUAUUUUGCCUAAAAGAUGGGUGGAUUUUCAUUGCCAGCUCUACUUCUGUUCCUCUCCCUCUUUUUUCUCUUCCUUUACCAAUAUUUAUUUCAACAUGCAUAUCUUGAGGGGCUUGCCGCUAUACGCCAC